AUGAAGCUCCUUUCUGUUUGGGCUUUAGCGGCGCUAGCAGCUCAAGCUGCUGGUGCUGCUAUUAGCCAUAAGCUGAAUGGGCUUACUAUCACGGAGCAUUCUGAUCCCGUGAAACGAGCUCUUUUGCAGAAAUAUGUCACCUGGGAUGAUAAAUCCAUUUUUAUUAAUGGUGAACGAGUGAUGCUCUUCAGUGGAGAGUUCCAUCCCUUCCGUCUGCCUGUUCCAACUCUAUGGAUUGACGUGUUUCAGAAGGUCAAGGCCCUCGGAUUUAACACUGUCUCCUUCUAUAUCGAUUGGGCUCUUUUAGAGGGUAAACCUGGUCACUACCGUGCCGACGGCAUUUUCGAUCUUGAAAAAUUCUUCGACGCUGCCAAGGAAGCUGGAAUUUAUCUUUUGGCUCGGCCAGGUCCUUAUAUCAAUGCUGAGGCCUCUGGAGGUGGUUUCCCUGGCUGGCUACAGCGGGUCAACGGCACUCUACGAACACGCGACCCUGCGUACCUGAAUGCAACCAACAAUUAUGUAGCCAACGCUGCUGCAACCGUUGCCAAGGGCCAGAUCACCAAUGGUGGACCGAUUAUCCUGUAUCAACCCGAGAACGAGUAUACAGGAGCUUGCUGCUACAGCGAUGAUUUCCCCGAUGGGUAUUACAUGCAAUAUGUUGAAGAUCAAGCUCGCAAUGCUGGCGUCGUCGUUCCCUUUAUCAGCAAUGAUGCAAGUCCGGAUGGACACGACGUCCCGGGAUCCGGCGAAGGAGCAGUCGAUAUCUACGGCCACGACUCUUAUCCGCUCGGAUUUGUAUGUUCCGCCCCUUACGAUUGGCCCAGCGGUGAUCUCCCAACAAACUUUUGGACUUUGCACGAGGAACAGAGCCCCACUACCCCAUAUUCUAUUGUUGAGUUCCAAGGGGGAUCUUUUGAUCCUUGGGGAGGUAGCGGAUUCUUGGCUUGCUCUGAACUUCUGAAUUACCAGUUCGAAAAGGUCUUCUACAAGAACAACUUCAGCUUCCGUGCAGCCUUUAUGAAUCUUUACAUGAUCUUUGGAGGCACUAAUUGGGGAAAUUUGGGUCAUCCUGGUGGCUAUACUAGCUAUGAUUAUGGUUCGGCAAUCACGGAGUCUCGCAACAUUACUCGCCAAAAGUAUAGCGAACUCAAGCUGAUCGGAAACUUCCAAAAGGUGUCUCCGGCGUAUCUUUUGACAGAACCCGGUAGCCUGAGCACUUCGACCUAUACGACCAACUCAGAUAUUGCUGUCACUCCUCUCAUUGGAAGCAACGGCUCGGCUACGUCAUUCUUUGUUGUUCGACACUCUGAUUAUUCGAGCCAGGCGUCAGUUAACUACAAGCUGAAGGUUCCCACUAGUGCUGGCAAUCUUACUAUUCCCCAACUUAGUGGAGAGUUGACGCUCGGGAGCCGUGACUCCAAGAUCCAUGUCGUGGACUACAACGUGGCGGGAACUAACAUUCUUUAUUCGACUGCUGAAGUCUUUAGCUGGAAGAAGAUCCCAGACGGGAAGGUUCUUGUUCUCUAUGGAGAUGUUGGUGAACACCACGAGCUUGCAGUCUCUGGUGCAUCAAGUGCCACUGUUGUAGAGGGAUCAUCGUCUGGAGUUACUUCCAAGAAAGUGGGCAAGGCAGUUGUCAUCGGCUGGGAUGUUUCAUCUACUCGACGCAUCGUUGAGAUUGGUGAUCUGAAGGUUCUGCUCCUGGACCGAUACUCUGCCUACAACUACUGGGUCCCACAGGUUCCCUCUUCGGGUCAGAAUCCUGGAUUCAGCACUCAAGCAACUGUUGCCUCGUCUAUCAUAGUUAAUGCGGGCUACCUCGUGAGAACUGCAUACCUUUCAGGAAGCGAACUUCAUUUGACUGCUGACUUUAAUGCUACCACUGCUGUUGAGGUGAUUGGCGCCCCAUCCAAGGCCAAGACCCUUUUCAUCAACGGACAGAAAGCCAAGAUCACUAUUGACAAGAAUGGAAUCUGGUCAACCAGUGUCAGCUACAGCGCACCAAAGGUUAACCUUCCGACACUGAAGAGCCUGAAGUGGAAGUCUAUCGACAGUCUUCCUGAAAUUCAAAAUUCGUACGAUGACUCUGCCUGGACUAAGGCCAACCAUGCAUACACUGAUAACAACGUCAACCCGAUCACGACACCGACUUCUCUCUACUCAUCAGACUAUGGCUUCCACACCGGAUAUCUCCUCUACCGCGGCCACUUCGUCGCCACAGGCGAUGAGUCCUCGUUCUUGGUGCACCUCCAGGGUGGAACGGCAUUUGGUGGCUCCGUAUGGAUUAACGAGACCUUCGUGGGCUCAUGGGACGGCAACAGCGUCACAGAAGACUACAAUGCAACUGUCACUCUCCCCACAUUGACGGCUAGCAAAUCAUAUGUUCUCACCAUCGUGAUUGACAAUAUGGGCCUGGAUGAGGAUUGGACUGUGGGCAGUGAGGAGAUGAAGGACCCCCGUGGUAUUCUCGACUACACUCUCACGGGCCGAUCCGCCGACGUCAUCACCUGGAAGUUGACUGGUAAUCUGGGCGGCGAAGAUUACCAAGAUCUUGUACGUGGUCCCCUCAACGAGGGUGGACUCUACAUUGAGCGUCAAGGCUACCACCAGCCAGAACCGCCAAGCCAGAACUGGGAGACCAGUAGCCCGUUCACCGGCUUUUCGAAGCCUGGCAUUCGGUUCUACAGUACAAGCUUCGAUCUUGACCUGCCAGAAGGCUAUGAUAUCCCGCUGUACUUCACCUUCCAGAACUCAACAUCUCCGCCGCCUGCUUAUAGGGUUCAGCUAUAUGUCAAUGGCUACCAGUAUGGCAAGUAUGUCAACAACAUUGGUCCGCAGACCAGUUACCCUGUGCCUGAGGGUAUUCUCAACUACCAUGGUACCAAUUGGUUGGGAUUGACUCUCUGGGGUCUGGGCGAUGAUGGUGCGAAUCUGGAUGGCUUUGAGUUGGUCGCUACGCACCCUGUGCUCACUGCCUUGAGUGGUGUUGAGUCUGUAGAUCAGCCUAAGUGGCAGAAGAGAAAUGGGGCGUAUUAG